UACCGUUUUUAAGAGGGGGAAACCUUGAAUUUUGAAGCAGCUCAUUUACCCGGACCCCAUCUUUUGGGGCGUUUUUAUGAAAAAAAAGUCUGACUCCCCAUAAAUGGGAACCUAGAUCCGCCCCUGAUUGAACUCUCAUGUUUAUAUUUUAUGUCAAGCGUUGACAACGACUACAGGAGUAGCCGAAAUAUUCGCAUCAGUAAAUGUUAGUGUUUCAGAGUCAACAUCUUACGUAUUUGAUUUUCAUUACUGUUACGCUAUAUUAUUAUUAUUAUUAUUAUUAAAUUGUUCACGUCGUUUUGUCAAAGAUGAAUGUCCCCAUUCAUGGUCGGAGUACGAAGACAGAUGCUACAUGGUGAUACUUGAAGCAAUGACAUGGGAUAAUGGUCAGGUACAUUGUGAAUCUAUGCAAGCUCAUCUAGUGACCAUUACGUCGGUUGAUGAAGAAGAAUUUGUUCGUGACUUAUUUUCAGGAUGCAUUUUCUCAUUCUGGAUUGGUUACAAUGACAAAAUCAUGGAAGGCAAUUGGGAAUGGGUCACUGGUGAACCUAAAGUAUUUGAAGAUUGGAUAGGUGGUGAACCGAGCAAUCAAGAGGAGGACUGUGCAUUUUUAUUUGCUUACUGCACCUUUUCUGGUAUGGCUGAUCAUUGGGACGAUCAGCAAUGUGAUAGACCUAUGGCAACAGUAUGUGAAAAAGGUACUACGUCAUUAACGACACAGAGUGCAACCAGUAAACAGAUUACUACUGCAUUAACGACACAGUUUUCAACAUUGGACACCACAACAAGUGCAACAAGUAAGCAAAUAACUACAGCAUUAACGACACAGUUUUCAACAUUGGACACCACAAAAAGUGCAACCAGUAAACAAAGUACUACAGCAGCAUUAACGACACAGUUUUCAACAUUGGACACCACAACAAGUACAACAAGUAAGCCAAUAACUACAGCAUUAACGACACAGUUUUCAACAUUGGACACCACAAAAAGUGCAACCAGUAAACAAAGUACUACAGCAGCAUUAACGACACAGUUUUCAACAUUGGACACCACAACAAGUACAACAAGUAAGCAAAUUACUACAGCAUUAACGACACAGUUUUCCACCUUGGAUAACACAAUAAGUGCAACCAGUAAACAGAAGUUGCUGCAAUUUUUUGGUAUACAAGUGCUUGGUAAAGCAGGGGUCAAAAGUUGCUUACCUCCAAACCAUUUGCAAGAUUUGAGUCUAGAUGUUAUAAAUACCAGAAGCAUAUUUAUGUGUUGCAAACUGUGCAUGUCACAAAGGCAGUGUAACGCUAUUCAGAUUCAGUAUCAGUCAAAAUACUUAUUGAAUUGUUACAUUCUUAUACAUGCUGGAGAUUCUGAGCAGUAUCAACAACAUCAUUUGCCAUGUGCUGUGUUCAAUUUAAAACAAAUUUAAAGUUUCCAAUAAACAUGGAGACAGAAAAUUACUCAUGCCAAACUAGGCUAAAUUAAAGGAUUAAAGUUGUUAUAAUAGUAACUAAGUCAGUGGUGACAUCAUAAUUUUCAUUUGCAAGGGGAAGGCACCAAUUUGAUAUAUUGCCUGCUGUUUUGUGCGUCCGUCUUGUUGGUUGUUUUACAUUGUGAUGAAUAUUUCCGUUGCUAGGCCAGAGCUUUGAAUGCACACAGCGAACCCAACAAAUCAGUGGGUGAGUUUUAACAUACAAGGAAUUUGUACAUUGUAAAUUGUAAAUAUGUAUACCAUUAUGUACACUGAUAUAAUAUAGGCAUGUUUACUAAUAUACAUCCACAUGAAUGCUGUUUGAUGUAAAUAACAAUUUUAUUCAAACAUCGCUAUGGAAUUUAUAUAUUUGAUUAACAUUGCAAAUGGCAUUAUAACUGUUAUGAUAUAAGUAUGUUCAUAUAUAUGUGCAUACUAUUUAAUAUGACAAGAAAGGGUACUUCUCUUCUGCUUUCAAUACUAUUCUUCCACAUUUAUUCCUCAGUAAACUAUCCACUUUUGGUGUAUCAUGCUGGAUUGGUGAAUUCUUUACAAAUAGGCAAUUACUACCCAUACCAGAUCCAGAAUGACAAAAUAAAGGGGGCCCAGAGAGGGAGUUUCCCACCUCAGCCCCACAUGGUAGGGGCUGAAGUAAGAACAUUUAUGACUAUUACACCUAGGUGGCUGGAACUGGCACACUCAGACCUACAUUUGAUUAUAAUUUUCCAUUUUUUCCUUUUUUUUAAAAAACAAUUUAGGGGGCCCGGGCCGCCUCCCGUUGAAUUCACCAAUACAAGUACAUACAAAGACUUUUGUAUUAAAUUAUUAUGCGGAUGAUACCGUUAUUACUGGACACAUCGCACCGCAGUCAAUUUUGAUUCAUGGUGUACUGAAAAUCACUUGCUUCUUAAAUGCUGCUAACCUAAAGAAAUGGUUUUUAAUUUCAGAAAGGGAGUCUAUUCUACCAGCAUUAACUAAAGCAAUUUAGAGUCAGUGAAAAAAUGUUAGUGUUAUUUUUCACUGGUUGUUAUCUUAUGUAUAAAUUUUGGUGUUAUCUUAAGUGUUUUAAUGUAUAAUUGUAUUGUCUGGUUCAGCAGUUUGACAGAACAAAAGAAAAGUAAAAUCAGGAAAUCCAUAGAUCAUGCAGGUUUUGUUAUGGGACCAGUGAUGCUAAUGUAAUGUGCAUUGAAAAUGCUGGAUAAAAUUGUAAAAGACAUAAACUGUACACUGUAACAUAAUUACUCAGCAGGUGUGUAAGGCUUAAGCCAAUAUCAUGUCAUAAUGCUACAGAGAAUCAUUUCUACCAAAUGUAAUCCAUAUAUUUUAUACCAUAUUAAAUAGGCAACUAUUCA